UUCCGACCAAUCCAGAAGAGUUCGACCAAGAUGAGCGCAUAUCUUUUUCCAAGCUCGACAACAAGUACAUUGCAGUGCAAGACGACGGGACUGAGUACGAAUUCGAUCAUGGGUUGAGGCGCUGGAUCCCCAUCAUCGACGAAGCCCUGAUUGAGGAGCAGCAGAAAGGCUAUAUGAUGCCCAAUGCCGAUGACUCCCACGAUGAUCGACAGGGUGGCCCGCAGGGAAGAAAGAGGAAGAUGGACCACUCGAACGACCGCGAGGUAAGCUGCGCGCGCAUGCACAACUGCAGCGUCGGCCGUCCCGCACGCCGCCACGCAUUCCUUCUCCCAUAGCCCAGCACAUGAAAGACAGAAGAAGAGUCAAGAGAAAAGAGCAAUUCCGAAUGCUCGCAUCCGAAAUCCGCGGAGAGACUGACCAGCCGCUCGAUGUUUCCUCUGUUUGCUCGCCAGCAGGACAAUCACACCAAGAACAAAGCCGCUAGGCGGCAGCAGGGUAAUCGGGGACCGCCGCAGCCCAAACAGAACACGGCCGUCUACGUGACGGGGCUCCCGCUAGACGCCACCGUCGACGAGGUGGCCGAGCUCUUCUCACGCAAGUGCGGCGUCAUCGCCGAGGAGAUUGACAGCGGCCGGCCGCGCAUCAAGAUGUACACGGACGCCGACGGCAACUUCAAGGGCGACGCCCUCAUCGUUUUUUUCAAGCCGCAGUCGGUCGACAUGGCCAUCAUGCUCCUGGACGACACCGAGUUCCGCUUUCCCGCUCCCGGUGAAACCUUGCCCAAGAUGCGCGUCCAGGCCGCCGAUUCGAGCUACAAAAAGACCAAAUAUGACGGCGACAGCGAAGCCGGCGCCAGCAACAAGCCGGGCGAAGGCGACAACAGCAGCAGCAACGCCCGGCGCAACGGCCAGGACAAAGCCAAGAUCAUCAAAAAGACGCAGAAACUGUCUGCCAAGCUGGCCGACUGGUCCGACGACGAGCCGUCCGCGCUGCACACCAACGACCUCAUCGCCGCCGCCGGUAGCGCCAAAGGCGGCAAGUGGGACAAGGUGGUGAUACUGCGGCACAUGUUUACGUUGCAGGAGCUGCAGGAGGACCCGGCCGCGCUGCUCGACAUCAAGGAGGACAUUCGCGAGGAGUGCGCCAAGCUGGGGCCCGUCACCAACGUGGUGCUGUACGACGAGGAGGAGGAGGGCAUCGUCAGCGUGCGCUUCCAGACGCGCGAGGCGGCCGAGGCCUGCGUGCGCCUGAUGCACGGCCGCGCCUUUGACGGGCGAAUCGUCGAGGCCUUUUUUGCGACGGGCAGGGAAAAGUUUAGGAGGUCCAAGAAGGAUUCUUCUUCUGCUGGCGGUGGUGGGGGUGGUGGCAGCGGCGAGGAGCAUGGUGAUUAAGUGUGAUUUGUACGAUUGACACUUUCUCGCGUGGACAUUCUUCAUCACUUCCCCUGGCGCUUUGCCACCAUACUACCGUUUCGACAGGCCGUUCCUGAGACACGACUUAGGUAGGUCCUCAAAUAGGUAGCUAGCUGUGUACAAUCAGUCUUGGUCGGACUAAUUUACCGUCCUGUUUAC